UAUCGGUUACCGCGUGAUUGUUGUUUUUUUGCCACUGAAGAGUUCAUUUCGCUAUCUGGAUAGUGAGUGAAGUGCCCUGCCUGCAAGUGGAUAGAGGCUUUCAUCCUCGGAAAGCCAAGCAUUGGUUUUUGUUUUGUCGCUGCUUCGCCGACAUUGGAGAUUUCGCCGAGUCAUCGUGCCAACAGUGACAGUGCGGGUAAGCUUUCACCGACGACUGUGUGUAGUGGUGUCGUAGGCACAUUCCCACCACCAACGAGCUUUCAGCACGCUGCCGUUCAUCUGCACUGGAGUGCGUUCAUAGAAUAUAAGUGAAAAUUUAAAAUGGCAGAGAGUGGGGGACCUUCGGAUAUGGAGGUCUCUGACUCUAGUUCCCUCCUAACGGAUAAAAAAAAGUCACUCAAACGUGUUCCAAAUACGGAAGAUACUUCUUCUGGGGACGAGUCAGCUAACCCUACCAAGCCUCCCUCCAAAAAACUAGCAAAUCUCCCAUCUGCCCUUAACGAUCCCACUCUACCUUCAACCUCGUCUUCUCCCUCUGUUCUUCCCGCUCCUUCUCAACCUUCGCCUUCCCACUCUCAAUCCCCGUCCUCGCCUUCCCCCUCUGUUAUUCCCACUCCCCGUGUAAAGGUCUAUCCAGAAGAUGCGCCCGGAACUGGUCCCUGGGUUGUUUUCUUCAGGCCUAAGCCAAAUGGAAAGGCGUUGAGAGUCAUGCAGAUCGCGAAAGAUCUGGCAAGGUAUACCUCCGUUUCGGAAAUUUCGAAGGUUAGACCAAACAAAUUGCGAGUUGUCGUGAAUGAUCGAAAAGACGCAAACAAGAUUGUUGUCGAUCAGCAUUUUACAAUUGAGUAUCGGAUCUACAUUCCCUCUCACAUAGUCGAAAUUGAGGGUGUGAUAACCGAAACGGGCUUGACGUGCGAAUACAUUACGAGUGAAGGUACCGGCCGUUUUAAAAAACUGCCCUCGACGACUGUUAAGAUCUUGGGUUGCCGCCAGCUCGGAACAGUCUCCCAUGAAGGAGAAGAAAAGAAAUUUACGCCGUCCAACUCGUUUCGAGUCACCUUCGCUGGUUCAGCUCUCCCUGACUACGUGAUGGUAGAUAAAUUGAGGUUAGCCGUGCGACUUUUUAUUCCAAAGUCAAUGACUUGUCUGUUCCUACUGUCAGAAAGGCCAACGAUUCUCAUGCCUCGGGAAAUCAAAACGGACGGCUCGCCGAAAGAUCUUGAUUGA